AAAGACAAGAAAAACACAGUGACUAAAAAAUACAUCUCUGGGGUUUUUUUCAGUCCUGGCUUUACUUUGCAGCCUCAGCCUUGGAGAAAGACAUUCCCAGUGCAGUCUGACUCAGCCACCCCAAAACACAGCAAAUAUAAACAAGUGUUUCACAUGUUCUCAGAGUCCAUUUUUAGUCACAGAUUUACAUCAUCACUGCAGAGGGAAUUCCUGGUGAUCAAGCCUGUGUGCUUAAACAGGCUAAACAACAACAAAAAAGUGAGCAAAACAACCGUCAAACCGUGCUCGGGAUAGUUUUGUUUGGUCUCGUUUCCAGCCCUGUACUAUAACAAAUGUUAACAUCAGCGAUCAAUACCACAACAUCCCUUAGCUUUUAACACUUGAUGUUAAUUGAAAAAAGUCAGCUGCGGUUCGAGGGGGUGGAUCAGGACUUAGUGAUUUGAAUGUCAUACAGCAAAGGAGCUGUCUGUACAACUACGUUGCUAAAAACAAAUGAUUAACACAAUUAAGGGGUGGUUUUGCAAAUAUUUUAGGGAUGAUUAGCUCGAAGAAGUUACCUUAUUCCAGAAUGCAGGAUAACAGCACUUUUUUUUCUGGAUAUACAACUGUAUAGAAAUAGAGAAUGGCAUUUUUCACUAAAGUAAGGCUUUAAAAUAUUUACAAAAACGGAAAAUAAUUGUAACUGCAAGCAAAGGGAACACAAGGUGCCCACUCAGCUGCCUCAGGUUAAUGAAAAACAUUUCUGCUCACACUUCUCUACUGUCUCAAGAUAAAAACGUCAUCUAUUUUUAUAGGAUGCAACCAACAUCUGGACAGAUGGUUUUAAUACACCCAUAAAAGGACAAUUACUUCAAGGUCGCCUUUCCAAAGGAUUUCUAAAUUAGCAACUGCUUGGUAUAAGGAUUAUCAAAAUAGACCCUCCAAAUGUUCACUCUCACUCUGUGACACAGCAGGCACUGGAUAAACAUUCUCACAAACGGAACAAAAGAUGGUUUUUCUUUUUUUCAAAGAUAAACUGUGGGUUUACCUGGGGUUCCUAUCUCAAAGCUUUUUGUCCGAGAAUGGGUUUAAUGAUUGUCUUUUACAACCUUUGUACUUAAUCUGCUGCUGCUUCUGCAGAUUCUGGUUUCAGACUCGGACGUGCCUUGCUGUGUAACUGCCUGGGAAAUCUGAUGGGAGAAACAUCCUAAGACAAAGAUUCCUGGACCCGAGUAACACCAAACAAAUAUAAAUAAAUAAGGACAAAUUCUAAUUCUAUACAGGACAAAACACUGAGUGCAAAGAGCUGCUAAUUAGACAAUUACAGCAGCCCACACUUGGGUUAGCAGAUCCUUGCACCUCCAAGGAACCGAGACAAGGCCUAAUUUAAUGAAGAUCAGAAAGAAGGUCUCCUAGAUAAGAAGCAGACCAGCUUUUGGGAGAAAGAUAAAAUCUGACUGGACCGCUGGAGGAAUUCCAAGGAAGGACUGGCUAUAAAAGCAAGAUCAUUCCAGUGAGGAUCAUUCCUGGAAACUGGAUGUAACCUGACACAGACAUUCCCUGCCAGAGAUUUCAACAAGAAAAACCAAAUGGGUGAGGAAGGCUUGAGGAAAAGAAAAGGAGAGGACAAAGGAAGAGGGGACAAACAAUCCAUUCAGAGUCAUGAACCCCAAAGGACGAACCUACAAAAACAGGUGGGCCUCAUCAGCGGGAUCUGUAUGAUUGUCGGGACAAUUAUCGGGUCGGGUAUCUUUGUUUCUCCCAAAUCAGUACUUGCCAAUGUUGAAGCUGUGGGUCCUUGUUUGACCGUCUGGGCAGCCUGUGGAGUUCUGGCAACAUUAGGUGCACUUUGCUAUGCGGAGCUCGGAACGAUGAUCACAAAAUCUGGAGGGGAAUAUCCUUACCUUAUGGAGGCAUUUGGCCCCAUUCCAGCAUUCCUGUUUUCCUGGACGAGUUUACUGGUCACCAAACCCAGCUCCUUUGCCAUCAUUUGUCUCAGCUUUGCAGAAUAUGCCUCAACUCCUUUUUACCCAGGCUGUGAUCCGCCCCAGGCUGUCGUCAAGUGUCUUGCAGCAGCAGCCAUUGUGGUGAUUACAAUUGUGAAUUCACUGAGUGUGAAGCUGGGAAGUUACCUCCAGAAUUUUCUCACGGCUGCUAAAAUGAUCAUUGUCACAAUCAUUAUUGUAAGUGGCAUUGUUCUCCUUGCACAAGGAAAAACUGAAAACUUCAAAGAUUCUUUCAAGGACAGUAAAAUUUCUGUCAGCUCUAUCAGUCUGGCAUUUUACAAUGGACUCUGGGCAUAUGAUGGAUGGAAUCAACUCAAUUACAUCACAGAAGAACUUCAAAAUCCUUACAGAAAUCUACCGCUCUCUAUAAUUAUUGGGAUCCCCUUGGUGACAGUUUGUUACGUUCUGAUCAACAUUUCCUAUUUCACCGUCAUGACUUCAACAGAACUCCUGCAGUCCCAGGCAGUUGCUGUGACAUUUGGAGACAGAGUCCUUUAUCCAGCCUCGUGGAUAGUUCCUCUCUUUGUGGCAUUUUCUACAAUUGGAUCUGCCAAUGGGACCUGUUUUACUGCAGGCAGACUCGUUUAUGUUGCAGGCCGUGAGGGGCACACGCUGAAGGUGUUGUCUUACAUCAGUGUUAAACGUUUAACACCAGCCCCUGCCAUCAUGUUUUAUGGGGCCAUUGCUAUUAUUUAUAUCAUUCCCGGUGACAUUGACACGCUCAUCAAUUAUUUUAGCUUUGCAGUCUGGAUAUUUUAUGGUUUAACAGUAUUUGCACUCAUUGUUAUGAGGUUUACAAGGAAGGAACUUGAAAGGCCUAUCAGGGUGCCCGUCAUCAUUCCUGUCAUAGUGACUCUGGUCUCCAUUGUCCUGGUGUUGGCACCAAUCAUCAGUGCACCUGAACUGGCCUAUUUGUACUGUAUUUUAUUUAUACUCAGUGGACUCAUAGUUUAUGCACUUUUUGUUCAUUUUAAAUUCAGCUGGGCCCAGAAAAUAUCAAAUCCCAUCACUAUGCACCUCCAGAUGCUUUUGGAAGUUGUUCCACCAGAGGAAGUUGCCACAUGAAAUAUUUUCUUCCUACCAGGUUGCUUUUAAGUGCUGUAUUGGUUGAAGUAGAUUUGAUUUAGUUUGGCAGAUAUAUAUAUAUAUAUAUACUUGCUAAAUUGUUAUGUUCAUACUGGUGUGUUAUUUUUGCAACCCUUUAGUACUUGAAAACAUUAAAUAUAUAUAAUAAAAAAAGAUUUCUAAGACA